AUGUGGUUUUGUUUAUUACUUCUAUUUAUUUCAUUUUGUAAUGGUGAAUAUUGUCAAAAAGUUGAUGGGAAUGAUACUGUAAUCUAUGCAAAUACUUUUUGUAGUGGAUCUACUUUAAUUUCAGGUACAUUAACAGGAGAUUAUACUAAAUAUUCAUCAGUUAUUAUUUCAAUGAAAAAUAAUAAUGGCAUUGAACCACUUUAUUUAGGUUCAAUAAGUAAUACAUUUAAAGCAAAUAAAGUUAUUGUAAGAUUAGAGGAAGGAAUUAGUAAAAGUUAUUCUCUCAACUUUAUGAAUAUUGAAACAAACAUUGAACUUGAAUUAAUUAAAAAUUCUUAUUCAUUUGAAAAAGUUCAAUUUAUUUUCUAUAAUGGAAAUAGUCCAACAAGAAUAAUUGGAGAUGUUGAUGAAUUGUGGGUUAGUGGAAAUGAUAAUUAUUAUUAUUAUUAUCAUUUACCUAUUCAACGUACUUAUAUUAAUUCAAUUCCUAUUAAUUUAAAAUUUAGUUCUGAUAAUAAAGGUAUAUGGUAUUUAAUAUCAUCAUAUGAAGGAUCAAUCAAUAAAAUAACAUCAAAAUCAUCAAAUGAUAAAUAUUUUAAUCAAACAUGUGGUGGAAUGGUUCGAUAUUUUAGUUAUAAUAAUAUUGAAAUUCAUGAUAUAACAACAGAAUGUAAUCAUCAAUUUAAAAAAGAUGAAGAAGAUGAUUUUAAUUCAUUUAUUGUUACUGUCACUGUAUCUUUAUCUAAUUAUAAUUAUCAAAUAUCAUUAUCAACAAAUAAUUAUAUUAUUAGAAAUAACCAUGAUUCAUCAAAUAUUCAUACAAUAUACACAUAUCCUAAUCAAUGGUUAAAAUAUGAAUCAACAAAUCAAAUAACAUUCAAUAUUUAUAGAAAGAAAGAACCAUAUCAAAGAAUUGAAUUCAGUUUAACAAUUGAACAAUCAAAUGAAGGAACAACAUUAAUCAAAGAAGUGGAAAAUAAUGAUAAAUCAAUUUCAACACUAAUUAUUUCUUCUUCAAAACAUUUAUCUUUUUCAAAUGAUAUUGAAUUUUCAAGAACAACAUCAACAACAAAGAAAAGUCAAAUAAUGAUUAUUGGAAUGAAAGGUGUUACAUUUAGUAAUGAUAAGAAUGAUUAUCAUUGUGAUAUAAUGAUUUACAAAGAAGAAACAAGAGAAUGUAUUGAAUGUGAAAAAGGAUAUUAUUUAAAUUCAAAUAAAGAAUGUCAGUUAUCAGAUAAUUGUAUUGUAGGAUAUAAAACAUAUUGUUAUCAAUGUAAAGAAGGAUAUAUUAAAGAAAAAGGAGAAUGUAAAGAAAAAGAUAAUAAAUGUAAUAAAUCAGAAAGAAAUUAUUGUUUAAAAUGUUCAAAUGGAUAUAAAAUACAAAAUAAUCAAUGUGAUGGAGAUAAAGAAGAUCAAUGUUAUUAUGAAGGAAAUGAAUGUGUAUCAUGUUCAAAUGGAUAUACAUUAAAUAAUGGAAAAUGUUCAAAUAAAGAAAAGAAUCGAAAUGGAAAGAAUGAAGAAAUAUAUUGUGAAAUGGAAAAUACAUUGAUAAUAAUAAAUGUAUAG